AGUGAAAGGAUUCGGGGAAAUGGGCGGAGCUGUUCGCAUUAAAUGUGCUGCUCUCAAAGCGCCUGGCAGUUCAUUCUGACAUUAGAACGAGCUGAACGCAAGCGUACAGAGUUUCUGUCUCGCGCUGUGGAACUCUCUAUGGAGAUAAUAACGGUGGAAUAAAUCAAUGGGAGUUCAAAAAAACCUGAUUUUGGAAGCGGCGACGAGAGUAUGUCCAAGGCAAAGUUGUACUGACUGCUCUUGGAUUGAAUAUUCGCUAAAACGACAGAUGAGUCUCAUCUAGAUGACCUUCCUGUGGUACGGUAUGGAAGACCACACUGGUUGGUCUUUCCUGUAGGAUGGUGGCACACAGUUCAGUGGAAGGGAAUCAAGGCACAGAAGAACCCCAAGCGAGGACAGAAGCCUCCCCAGAGGUCUCCCAGUCUCAAAGGUCCAGGCCCAGUCAACAGGCAGCGGUUAUCCAGACACAUUUCAAGCCCUUCAACUAUGCCAGAGACUUCAAGACCAUUGCAAAGACCACCUCAAUGCUAGAGGAGAGUGGCUUCUAUUGGGGUCCCAUGACUGUGGAGGAAGCACAUCAGAAGCUGAAAAAAGAGCCAGUCGGAACUUUCCUGAUCCGGGACAGUUGUCAGAGCGACGUAUUCUUUACACUGAGUUACACAACACAGAAGGGUCCCGUCAGCGUCCGGAUUAUCUUCAAGAAUUCCAAAUUCAGUCUGACUGGCAGCAAGCAAUUUUUUGACUGUAUUUUCAAACUGCUGGAGCAUUACAUCAGUUCCCCGAAGAAGGGUCCUGUCAGGCCCUACAGGAAAGAACCGGUGGAGUCUCUGCAGCAGCUGUGCCGCAGACGGAUUAUCGAAACAUGCGGUGGAAAAGACAUCGACCGCAUCCCUGUGCACCCGAUCCUCAAAGACUUCCUCCAUGCCUUCCCUCAUCCGCUAUGAAGACCGGACUCAUUGCAUUAAAGCGCUGCUGGAAUAUUCUGGAGAUACUUGAUGAACUCCUCGUGGUCCUGCUCUGUUUUAGGACGCAGGAAUCAUACUGUAGCACAUUCUGGAAUAUCAGUCUUGAACACUGCACAAUGAAAGUUUACAUUGUUUGUGAAUGUUUACACUAUAUGGGAAUAUUGUGUUCCUUUAAAUCUAUUUCUGCUAUGCAGACAGAUAUAUUUCAAGAUAGUAGUUUUUAUAAAAAUAAUAAAUAUAUUUGUAAACAACUUAAAA